AUGGUGAUGAUGCGAUUGGGGAACGUUCGGUGGUGCUUUGCUGGGUGCCAAUGGAUCGCUAUUGACGUUGUCCGCAAUGCCCGGGAGGAGCGGGUCAGGAACGUUGGUGUUCUGUUGUGUUUCGCUAGUCGCAGGGCUGGGGCGAAUAUGCGUGGGGCAAUGGUCUUGCUCGAGGCUGGUCUUGUUUGCCUGUAUGUAAGGAAUACGGUUCACACCGUCGUGAUGCUUCUCCACCGGGAAGCCCUUGCUUCGGAAUGGGACGGAGGGGUAUGUGUGAGGAGAGAACUUACACAACAGUGUAUACGAGAGAAUGGCGACUACGCUGACGAGCGGAGCUUGGGCACUGCUGUCACAAAGCCGUUGUCACAAGUGAGUGUGCGGGGCGAAGGGAUUGGGUUGAGUGUGGAGAGCGAAGCUGGGGCUGCUUGUGUGUUUCAAGGUGGCCUCAGAUUCUUGUGUGCGAGACGAGGACGAUGCGGAGAGCGGAUUGUGGGUGGAAUGUUCGCGAAAGUUCCUCUCAUGCGCUGGCUACCGGAGGAAAGGGGAAGACAAGGUGAGUUUUGGUCUUGCGGGAUGGGCCGCCGUGAGGAGAGAGGGGCAGUGGACAUGGAUACCAGCAUAGUCGUUGAGGGGGGGGGGGGAACAACUUUUAGUACUUACCGCGGGGGGGAUAGGACUUGUGGAGCAGGAGGAGCGGAAGCGCGAGGCUGCCCGUCACCGCUGGCUUGGCUUUAUUUGACGCCAGCGGCCAAAAAUUAUUUCGAUAUCCCGUCCGAUCAGACUCGCAAUACCCCUUCUUGGACUUGGGAACACGAUAAGGGCCAUGGAAGGUCAUGGCACAAUCAUGACUCCUUGCGACGUGUCCACCCAUCUAAUCCCGGUUGGCUGGGGGCUGGGGGCGAUUCGGAGGAAUCAUCAUCACAGUGA